UCAACGUCCAGUUUGUAUAGUCAGUGUGAGACAGAACAAGCUGAAACAUGGUGGCAGCGGUGCGUUUGGAGCUGUAAAUGGACAGUAAGGUACCGUUUUGAAUGAAGCUAAAAGAAGCUAACGGACGCUAGCAUAGCUGUGCGCCACCGGCAUAGCUAAUACUGGAGAAAAUACUACAAGUACAAAAAUGGAUGGAUUAAAACCUCCUCAACAGUGGUGUAUGGACUCAGCUAAUCUUGCGAAGUCAUGGAAGUCUUGGAAGGAAGAAUUUAUGCUGUAUAUCGAGUUAGCAAUGCCAGAUGCAGAGGAAAAGGCGCGAGUAAAACUGUUCUACUACCUCAUCGGAGAACGAGGCAGAGAGCUCUGUGGUACGUUAAUAGGCUCCGAUGCGAGAGUGACUGUUAGCAGUUUAAUGGCUAAACUGAAUGAACAUUGUAAUCCCAAAGUAAAUGAAACUGUGGAAAGGUACAGAUUUUUUGCACACAACCAAGCUCCAGGAGAAGCUAUUGACAAAUAUGUGAUGGACUUGAGAACGCUUGCCAGCAGCUGCAAUUUUGGAGAUUUAAAAGAGUCACUGAUAAGAGACAGGAUUGUUUGUGGAACAUACAGUUCGAGUUGGAGAGAGAGACUACUCAGAGAGGACAAUCUGGAUCUGGAUAAAUGUCUAAAGAUUUGUAGAUCGAUGGAGAUCUCACGUGAAUACAGCAGAACAAUAGAAGGACAUGGCGCAGAAGACAUACAUGCUUUUAAACAUUCAACAAGGAAGGCUGAGAUCAUUGGAGUAUCUUGCAGGUACUGUGGAAAAACCCAUGAAAGGCUCAAGCAAAAGUGCCCAGCUUUUGGAAAAAAAUGCAGGAAAUGCGGCAAAGACAAUCAUUUUGCAGUGACAUGCAGAAGCAAAGCUGGUGGGAAAGAGCACAAGAAAACAGUUCACACAGUAGCAGAGACUGAUUCAGAAUCAUGUGAGGACAUAAUGACAGUCACAGCAGUAACAUCAACGGCAGCAGAAGUGAACCAAAUCAAAGAGAAACAAAACAGCAACACUGAGCAACUAUUUGCUGGGAUGAUGAUUAACAGAAACCUUGUGAGCUUCCAGAUUGACUGUGGUGCAACCUGUAACGUCAUUCCCAUCAACCUGCUGAAUCCAGAUGUGAAGUUGGAGCACACGGACAAGGAUGAACUGAGCACCCAAAAUGGACUGGUUUUCAGAGGCGAGAGAGUUGUGAUCCCAGACUCACUCCAAAAGGACAUCACUCAACGGAUUCACUCAUCUCACCUGGGGACAGAAGGAUGCCUCAGGAGGGCAAGAGACUGCGUUUAUUGGCAUGGUAUGAAUGACCAUAUCAAAAAGCAUGUUGCUAAAUGUGACACGUGUCGAUCUGUGGACAUAAAACAACAAAAAGAGACACUACAGCCACAUGAGAUUAUCACCAGACCAUGGGCUAAAGUCGGAACUGACUUGUUCACGUUUGACAACAAAGACUACUUACUGACUGUGGACUACUACUCCAAUUUCUGGGAGGUGGACUACUUGCCAGAUACAAAGUCAAUCACAGUAAUCCGAAAGCUGAAAGCUCACUUUGCGCGUCAAGGGAUUCCAGAUGUUGUCUUUUCAGACAAUGGACCCCAGUACAGUUCAGCAGAAUUCUCAAAUUUCAGUCACAGAUGGGAAUUCAAACACAAAACUUCCUCUCCUGGAUAUCCGCAAAGUAAUGGCAAGGCAGAAUCAGCUGUCAAAACUGCCAAACGGCUGAUGAGGAAAGCAAAAAUGGCUGGACAGGACCCGUAUCUCGCCAUUUUGGAUCAUCGCAACACUCCUACCCAAGGUUUGGACACGAGCCCUGCACAAAGACUCUUGAGCAGGAGAACAAGGACACUUCUGCCGAUCAGAGAGAGCCUACUGGAGCCGAAGGUGAUCAACAACAGUUCAGCACUCAGAAGGAAUCAACAGAGACAAUCAAAGUACUACAACCAAACAGCCAAGGACAUGGACUCAUUAAAACCAGGUGAUGUUGUGCGAGUGCAGCCUUUUGAACCGAACACCUUGUGGAGAAAGGCUACGGUGAACACCUCGCUUGGUAACAGAUCCUAUGCAGUCGAGCUGGACACAGGCAGUGUUCUCAGACGGAAUCGCCGCCAUCUGAGGAAAGCUGUGGCAGUACAAUCAGAAAUGUCAGAACAACCCCAAACUAAGACCAGGCUUGACCCAGUGUCCCAAAACACUGCUAACCCACAAACUACUACGAGGUCGGGACGUGUGAUACAGCGUCCAAGACAUUUGAAUGACUAUGUGUGUACUUCGCUUCAGUGAUGAAAAGGGGAGAAGGAGACUGAAGUUUAAGCAGUAAACUUUUGAAUAAAAUUAGUGAAUGUUCAUGCUGUUAAUGUUCAGGCAAAUAAGCUAAAGCUAUAUUGUGUUUACAAUGUUGAGAAAAAUAUGCAAUAUUUUGUUUAAAGCUGAAGUAAUAGAAAAAAACGUUGAUGCACUCUGAA